AUGGAUAAGCCUACCGAAUCUACUCUACCCCUCCACACCAAGGAGGAGGGAGACAAGCAACCUGACGCUGAGAAGCCCGCAGCGCAGGCAGAGGGAGAAGCAGCAGGACCCAGCAAGAAUGCGUUAAAGAAGGCUGCAAAGGAGAAGGCAAAGGCGGAAAAAGCAGCUCAACGAGCAGCCCAACAGCAAGCAGCCGCACAAGCCAGCCAGGCCGAGGACACGGCAACGCAUCUAUAUGGGAAGAUGCCGGAUUCCGCAGAGGUUGAGGACGUCAUGAAUCUCAUGAAGCUGUCAGAUGAACAUUACGAGAAGGAAAUCACUGUUAUUGCGCGUGUGGACAAUGCUCGCGUGCAGAGUGCCAAACUAGCAUUCCUCAUGCUCAGGCAGCAAGGAAAGAAGAUUCAGGCAGUGAUAGCGCUAAAGGAGCCAUUGUCCAGACAGAUGAUCAAGUGGACCGGUCAAUUGAAUGUCAACUCCAUCGUUCAGGUGUCUGGUGUGGUCAAGAAACCGGAAAUUCCCGUUCAUUCCGCUUCGCUGCCAAACAUGGAACUUCAUAUCACCAAAAUAUACAUGAUAUCGGAAGCAAUCCCAAUGCUUCCCAUGCAAGUCAAGGAUGCUGAAAGGCCUCCGCCAGAGUCCACCGAAGAAGGACUAGUUGACACUGAUGGGACUCCUCUCGUCACUUUGAAAACCCGUCUUGACAACCGAAUUCUCGAUCUCCAAACCGAAACAAGCCAGGCUAUCAUGGCCAUAUCCAGUGGUGUUGCACAGUUGUUUUCGGAGUAUAUGUUGAAGAGUGGGUCAAGAUGGAUUUUCACAUCUAAGAUCACUGGAGCUGCCACCGAGGGAGGCAGUGGUGUUUUUGAGAUUUCUUACUUUAAGCGCAAGGCGUAUCUCUCUCAGAGUCCUCAGUUGGGAAAGCAGAUGUGUAUUGCCGGUGAUAUGAUGAGUGUGUUCGAGAUAGGACCCGUCUUCCGAGCUGAAGACAGUAACACCCAUCGUCAUUUGACUGAGUUCAUUGGUCUCGAUUUUGAAAGGACAUUCCAAAAACAUUACCACGAAGUAUUGGAUUUCGCCGAAAAUCUCCUUGUUUUCAUCUUGUCCGAACUCAAGGUCCGGUUCAAGGACGAGAUUGCUGUUGUCCAAAAGUCUUAUCCCAAGGCCGGAGAGUUCAAGCUUCCAAAGGAUGGAAAAGCGCUUAGACUUAAGUAUAUGGAGGCUUUGGGUUUCCUGAAGGAAGUGGGUGUGGAUGUCUCUGAACAGGAGCGGUUCGAGAAUGACUUCACCACAGCUAUGGAGAAGCAACUUGGAAGAAUCAUCCGUGAAAAGUACGAUACCGACUUCUAUGUCGUAGACAAAUUCCCAAGCGCUGUCCGUCCUUUCUACACCAAGUCCUGCCCUGACGAUCCCACCUUCUCGAACUCUUAUGACUUUUUCAUGCGAGGCGAGGAAAUCAUGUCAGGAGCUCAGCGAAUCAAUGACGCGAAGGAAUUGGAAGAAGCCAUGGUUGCAAGAGGAGUUGAGCCCAACCAAGAAGGAUUUGAGGACUAUAUCAACGCCUUCCGACAGGGCUGUGCUCCCCACGCUGGUGGUGGAUUGGGAUUGAAUCGUAUUGUCCAAUUUUUCCUAGGUCUGCCUAACAUUCGUCUGGCAACCUUGUUCCCCAGAGAUCCCCAGAGAUUGCGACCUUAG